UUAGUAGCUCCCAGACCUCCCCCAAUCAACAAUCCUGAGGAUCGCCUGCUUUUCCAAAUUCCCUUUUCAUUCUUCCAUCUAGAUUAAUCAUGCCGCCGAAGCGCAAAGCAACGCUGGAGACGCCUCAGCCAAGGCGGAAGUCAGCCCGCCUCAACCCAGCAGUUGAGCCAGAGCCACCAGAGACAUGGCCUGAACUCGCCCGCCUCACCAAAGAGCGGAUCAAUCGCUAUGAAUCUGCCUCUAGUAAGAAGGCGAGGAAGGGCGACGAGAAGCUCAAGCCCUGCAUGAUCGCUUUACUCGAUUGGUUACCCGAAGAGGGCCGAGAGUCCGCGGCUCAUGACAUGCUUAAAAGCAUAACAGAUGAUAUGCUAUAUGACAUGUUCCAGAACAUUCGUACAUGUCUUCUAUUCCCCAUGAAAGCGGCAGGCAGCAGUUCUGUUUCCCGAACUCCGAUUGCCAAGAGAGAAGAAGAUGUCGAGAUCGUAGCCUCAAUUCCAGAAGAAGAACCGCAGAAGCAACAGGACAAGUUCCGUGCAGAUAUACUCCGUCGCGAUAAUCACCGUUGCGUGAUCACCAACGGCCUUGACAGGGACAAAUGGCUGGAGAUGGGAGAACCAGAUGAUAUCGAUUGCGAAGACCUCGAUGCUACCCACAUCAUUCCAUUUCCUUUAGCCUCAUGGAAACCUACUCCGGGCUCCACACAUGAUGUGAGCCAGAUAUGGGAGACCCUCUUCCGGUAUUUUCCUGGGAUCCGCCAUAUCAAAAUGGGCAUCGAGAGUAUCAACGAUCGGUCAAAUGGCAUCACUUUGAGGGAUGAUAUCCAUAAGUCCUUCGGAAACUUCGCGUUUUCUUUUGUCCCCACUGAAACCCCUCAUAUCUACGAUCCUAAGACAUACCGCCGUGCUAUUUCUGGACAUGUGAAAAGAGAGAUUGCCAAGGUGGGAAGAGUAACUCUCCAGCAAGCAAACGGCGCAGAGGAUGUCCCAUUGCCAAGUGCAGUUCUACUAGACUGCCAUUGGAGAGUAUCCGAAAUCCUGAACGCAUCAGGAAUGGGCGAAGAAUUCGAUAGGCACUGGAGGGAAUGGGAAGACAUCAAGAUGAGUACGGGCGACGGCUGUCUGAAAGAGGACGGCUCAACCGAUGUCUCUCGUUACCUAGAAGUCGCCUUCUGGAACUUGGUUGACCAAGCUGUUUCGUGCUGAUUCUUCUCGCCUCUGCAUAUUCCACAGUUCAUUUUCACCACAAUACCCUAUUUCAGCGCCUCUGGCCGCCCUGUUGUACUCUACCACUUGUUUACUUCUCAGUUUGUUGCUCGAGGCCGUCCAGAUAAUGUUCACAUAGACCGAUUCAAUAGACUGCAAUGAUAAUAUGAC